AUGCGUCUUUUUCUAAUACGACGAAAUCAUCAGGAUACUACGCCGUCUAAUAUUCCUCAUGUUCCCCUUUCCUGGGUAUACUUCCUGUCCAGACAGGACCUUGAGCUUGUUGAUUUUCAUUAUUUCAUGAAUGGCGCACUAGUCCCAUCGCUCUAUACCAGGCCGAUUCACUCUUCUCUGUACACGCUAGGGGUUUGGAACUACAAUAUCGAGCACACAGGCACUUACCCAGUGGUUGGAAUAGAUCAGCUAUCGAUUAUCGGUGGUUGA